CCCCUCUGAUCUCCUCCGCCCCUUUUCAAAACAGCAGGUCGUGAGAACGGCGCUCGUGUUUAGUCCCGGCCAGUUCUCCGCAGCCGAAGCAGCAACAUGAGCCGCGAUUUCAAACCCGGGGACCUCAUCUUCGCCAAGAUGAAAGGCUAUCCCCAUUGGCCAGCUCGGGUUGACGAAGUUCCCGAUGGAGCAGUCAAGCCACCUACAAAUAAAAUGCCUAUAUUCUUUUUUGGCACUCAUGAAACAGCCUUUUUGGGGCCAAAAGAUAUAUUUCCCUAUGCGGAAAAUAAAGACAAAUAUGGCAAACCAAAUAAAAGAAAAGGCUUUAAUGAAGGACUGUGGGAGAUUGAAAACAAUCCCAAAGUUAAAUUUUCUAGUCAGCAGUCCCAGCCAACUAUUAACACUACAGUUAUUAAAGAAACCGCUGAAGAAAGUAUCCUAGAUACUGAAGAAGGAAAUGAACAAAAAAUGCCCCCCAAACGGAGGAAGUCUACUGGUCUUAAGGGACCCGUAAAACAGGAUAAUAUAACCACUGAAGCAGAAGUAGAAGAAAAAGAGAUUGAAACUUCAAAAGACAAUGAUUCUUCAGAAAAACCUAGUUGUGAAGAUGUGGAUAAAUCAAAUGAUAUAGCUGUUCCUAAGAUUGCUAGAAGGGGGAGAAAAAGAAAGGCUGAAAAACAAGCAGAAGUUGAAGAGACAGCAGCAAUGGUGGCAACGGCUGCAAUUACAGCUCCAAAAGCAAGCCCUAAAAGAGGAAGGCCAGCUGCUUCUGAAGUAAAGGUUCCAAAACCCAGAGGGAGACCCAAAUUGGUAAAACCACCUUGUCCUCCGGAGGGCGACAUUGUUCAUGAGGAAGAUAAGAGUAAGAAAAAGGCCACUGAAGAAAAGCCACUAAAAAAACAGAAAAGGGAUGAAGAGAGUCUAAGAGAAGAAGAGAAAGUAAGAAAAGACCCAGAUAAAAAAGAAGGCAAGAAGGAAGUUGAGAUAAAAAGGAAAAAUGCUGUUAAAGUGGGAUCGGCCUCAGCCUCUGAUUCUGAAGAAGAUGGAGAAGAGCAGGAGGGGAAUAAAAAGAAAAAGGGAAGAAAUUUUCAAGGACCUCAUAGAAAGAAUAUUUUAAAAACUCAACAUGAGCGUGAAGUAGCAGAGAGAAAACGUAAACAGGAAGAGCAAAUGGAAGGAGAAUUCCAAAACAAAGAAGAAGGCAAGAAACCAGAAGCUAAGAAGAUGGAGAAAAAACGAGAAACGUCAAUGGAUUCUCGGCUGCAGAGGAUACAUGCAGAAAUAAAAAAUUCACUCCAAAUUGACCAUCUUGAUGUAAACAGAUGCAUUGAAGCUUUGGAUGAACUUGCUUCACUUCAAGUAACAAUGCAGCAAGCUCAGAAGCAUGCAGAGAUGAUUUCAACCCUCAAGAAAAUACGAAAGUUCAAGGUCAGCCAGGUUAUCAUGGAAAAGUCCACUAUGCUCUACAACAAAUUCAAGACCAUGUUUCUCGUUGGAGAAGGAGAUUCUGUUCUUUCACAAGUAUUGAAUAAGUCAUUAGCUGAGCAAAAACAGCAUGAGGAAGCAAACAAAACCAAAGAACAGUGGAAGAAAGGACCAAACAAGAAAGCUGAAAAAGACAGAGAGCAAACAGGCACAAAGAUAGUGAAUGGUGCUUCUGAUGCUCAAGAUGCAAACCAGUCACAACAGAAUGGGGAGAAUACAGAGGAAAAAAGAGAGAAGCUUGAUGCUGGCAGUAAGAAAAAGACAUCUGGUGAUGGAAGAGAACAAGAGAAGACGAAGGGUUCCACCUCUGAAAAUGAAUGAAUGCGGCCUAAAUAUUUGUAAAGUACAUAUUAAAGAGGACUUAAAAGAGUUUGCAUUUGAGAACUAGAUUGCUGCAAGUUUUAAAUUUUAUAAGCAUAGUAUUUUAAUGUGUACAAUUUUGUGGGGAUUGUGAAGAAUCCCCUGUUAACCUUUUGUUUUAAAAGUAUUUAAACGUCCUGAUAGCAUUUGGCCCAGUAUUAACAAGCAAUACUUAGUUCAAAUGUAAAGACCAAGUCAUUUUAGAGACUGAAAAGUGUUUGUAUGUUUCAGGAUUAGUACUGUAGUAUGUUUAUCUGACUACUGUAUGUUCUACUUUUGGUUAAUGACAGGAAAUAUUACUUUUUGUUUUGAAAUUGCCAAACGCACUCUACUUGUACAAAUCUAUUUUCUUCCUGUUGUCUGCAUAGUUUUCAAAGUUGUUCUUCGCCAAAGUGUCUAUUUGCGGUGUUUUGUAAGAAGCUGAAAGUAUUUUGUAGCAGCUAAAAUGUUACGUAUGAGUAUAUUCAGUCAGUCCUUUAUAAAAAAGUUAGUUUUGUUCUUGGAAGCUAAUUGUGCCAACUUAAUAUGCUCUGACUUUCUGUGGUAUGCUUUUGUUAUUAUUGAUAUUAAGGAAACUAAAGUGUUUCCAUUGGAAUUAUUGAUGCACAUUAGUCACAAAACACUGUCUUGAAGCAAUUUGUUUUUGUUUUUUUAAAAAAUUAAAGUUUAUGUAGAAAAGAUG